AUGCCACGCCUUAAUCCAUCGCUUUUCCCUGGGAAGGAGGAAUUUGGUCCACAAGGCGAUUACAUGAUUUCGUGCUGUCAUCCAAGGAUGUUCGGCCGAGGUGAUUUGGAGAGCACGGCGGCAGCAGACUUGCAGUGUAGUAGCUGUGCGGAACUGCACCGGGCAGUUUUCUCAACAUCUGGUAACUGGAUAAAUGUCCCGACAAUCUCAGUUCCACUUUUGAAGACGCAGACUUUGCUUCCGCAUUACAUUAAUCUCCUUCCCAACAACCAUCCUCAACUCCACGGAGCAACACCAAGCCCUAGGUUAUCUCGGCACGGCUUUUCCAAGACUCUAGAACACCUUGGGCUUUUCGGUGGAGAUUUGGAGAUUAUCAGGAGGGUUAGGAGGGUUAGGAGGGAGGGAGGGAGGGAUGGUGGAUUGGUGCUGGUGAGAGCGCUUAGGAGGGAUGUGCUUGGAUGUAGUUGUAUGCACGUCAUGCGGGCAUUUCUCUCCUUGAGAUUGGAGCUUGUGGUUGGAUAUCUGUUUCCGACUCGUGGCUUUGAGAUCAGAGACCGUAGGUGUCACGAGGUCCACGUUUCUCAUAACAGUAUUGUGACUGUCUCAAGCGCUCAGAAGAGCCAAUUCCUGAUUAAGAGACAUUCUUGCACGUUUCGUAUGGGUACAUCGAAAAUCCAUUCCAAGGGUUUCCUGCAGCUCGCGCAGGGCCCGUUCUUUUUCCCCGACUGCAGAUUCUGCGUUGCGCUGCUGAAGGAGUCAGAUGAUGAGAUGGCGGUGAAAUCUGCUCCAGUGGUUUCGUUGUCCGAAAGUGGGGAUGUACCUCCCCGGAGUUCGGUGGCUGGGGUUGUUGACGCCCAGUCCUACUUUGAGCCUCACUUCACUCAGAGUUCAUUUUGUCCGAUGCUCGGAGAGACAGUUGCAAGAACCAAUAAGUGCUCAAUCGCCUACCGAUCUUGCUUUGCGAAGUUUCUUACUACGUGGACCCCUUGCGAGAGAGAGAGCGAGGGCAAUGAUGGCAACUUGACAUUUACGAACUGGAGCUACAGCACGAAAGACAAAGGCAGUUCAAGCGAUUGGUUUGGUAAGACAUCUGCAGAAAAAACGAGAGCACACCACAUCAACAGAUUCGAGGCAUUUGUAAAGAAAGAGGAAGCCUUUCGAUGGUGCAUAGAGCCAAUGAGAGUGAAGAGGCGGAUGAACUGGAUGGGUAAUCCAGGGGAAGAUCUCAUUAUCAGACACCGUCAAGGCAUUUCUCAGCAUCCGUCAGUAGCCGAUGAUUAUCAUCCAAGGCGAAUUCUUGUCGCGUCAUUUCUUCAUCUUGCUAUGUAUCCGCUUCAAGCUAAUGGUUACAGACUUGAUAGAUGUUCACUCAUCGGCAACGCUCUCUACACUUCUCAAUCCCCACACUUCCGCCGUAUUGCUUCUUUAGUUUUCAAUGUAAUUUCCACUACGUAUUGCCUUUCCAAGUUCUCUGCUACUCUCGGACGUGCCCGCCCAUCUGACUGCCACCAAUUCUCUCCCUGCCCAUCAGGCCUUCUCUGGGGAAUACUUGCACCAAUGCCUGAAACCCCAGAUACAAUAUUGGAGAGGGUGAUUGGUUGUUUCCUGGCGUCACGCCAGAACCAUCUGACAAUCUCCAUGAAGAGGGCCGAGGAUAAACGGCACUUCAAUGCACACGCGCGACACGCUGCUAGUCAGCGUCCGUGUGAAGCCUUUCGCUGCUGGAUUGGGAAGGCAAUUCCUGCAUUCGGGUUGAGCCGGAUGACGGGCAGGAGAUCUAGUCAGAGGCGCUCAGACAGAAGAUCUAUGUUUGGAGAAUACGGAGAUUUGAUGAGGCGCGAAGGUGCAGAUUCUGGUCAUGUGCUCCAUGCAGGUUUCCUAUCUUCACAUGAUAAUUUUAAUUUUCGUUUCCAUUUUGUUGAUCCGUUCCGGAAAGAGCUUUGUUACAGAAUCUCUGCAUGCUCAAUAAAUUUCCUCAUUCACGCUGAUCCCUUAAGGUUAUUUCCUUUUCUCUCUCUUGCAGUGAGGUAUGAUGGAGAGAAGAAGACUGAAUUUAUGGGUAUGCCCGGGACACCCGCCAUCUGCAUGGAUCCUAAGAUGGUCCCCCAAAAGCGACGAAUUCCAUUCCGCUAUCAUGGCUUGGCCCCCCAGCCUAGAACAGAUGGGAAGUGGGAUAUGGACAUACCUGACGCUGAAGUUAUCCCAGAGCGCAAACUAGCCUAUGAUGCUGAAAGUAAUAAGGCAAUCCCAAUCAUUCCACUUAGGUUUCGGGAAUACCUACAUAUUCUCUCUGUCUGGCCGCAAUGGCGACAAUAUAAUGUCCUCCACUUUUGCAAGAUAAGGGUUCUCCUAUAUAAGAAGUGCUUUUCUGGAGUGACUUGGAGAGGCGAGACCCCGGGGGUAGCAGAGGAGAACCUCUUCAUUGUCACUAUUUGGAAGGACUUUGGCCUGACGGGAAGCCUGAAGUUCGAUCACGUCCAAUUUAUUCACGAACACACAAAUAUCCUUUCCCCAGCGCCCUUACAGGGGAUCGAAGGCAAAAUCUGUCUCCUUAGUGCCUUCUAUCAUAUACAACAACAGGGGAGAUUCGUGGAUGAUUACUGUGAGGUCAAGGCCCCUGCCCAUAACCAGCACUUUGGUCAUGCGGAUGUUGCUACCCUAAAUUCCGGUAGUGGGUUUGCGGAGCAAAGCAUCUUUGUUGAUGUUUUAGUUCUACGGCGGGCUCUCGUACUCUGCAACUACUUCCAUUGUUCUCCCCUAUAUGGUCUCGUUGUGCUACAGAGCCCCGGAGCUGUAACCGAUAAUUCGAAUUUCCCGAAGAAUAAGAAGAAUGCUGAGGCUUGUUCACCUGAUAACAUCUUUCUCCUUGCCAACCCCAGCCUUGGUCUCUUUUCCACUUACGGCAUAAGCAGGGAUCUAGGAGAUUUUCGAACGGAUACUAUCCCUAGGUAUCGCAGGUUGUACUCAUGUAUCGCAUAUUCAAGGGUCUUGAUAACUAGAACAGAGAAAGGCCGAGGACGCUCCAGUUCCAUGGCUUUGGGUGAAGCUCACCAAAUUGAAAUCAUGGCUCUCGAAGUGAAACGAUCGAUAAAUAGGAAGAACGCCAUAGACAGCCUUCCAGGGCCACCCUCAGAGCCACAUGCUGGAGCUAAGACGAAGGCCAAUUCUUGUACGACAUUGAAAGUUUUGAAGAUACCCUGGGUAUGCCAGGAACUCACUACAACUUCUUCCAAGCACCGUAUAUUUUGCCAAGUUCAAGUGACCAUCUUGGUACAUGGAUAUUCCCAUUCUCCUGUGGGGAACAGUCAUGACCUUGGUGGGUGCCGUUCAAAAUUUUGGGGGCCUUUGCGCAGCGCGAUUCUUCUUGUAUUUCUUCUUAGCUGGAUUCUUUCCCGGGCCGAUCUAUUUCAUCUGUCAGUGGUGCAGUUCCGCCGUACCGAAUUCAAAAUUGCUCUAUUCAUUGCACUUGUGGUACAUCGGGGGCAUUUUCGGGGAAUUGCGGCCGUCCUGGUGGGAGUUAGGGAUUUCUUCUUACUCCUUGAUUCUCCGGACCAUACUACGGGCGGUGGCUUACUCACAACGAACCCGAUUCCUCAAAUUAUACUAUAUACUCAGGCGCGGGGUUGGAAAGAAGAAACUCAACGUAGGGGUAAAGAGGUGCGAUUCCAACGCUCAAUCCUCUGGUUGGUUCUCAAAGCUUUCGCAGAUCUAUAUACAAUCUUCACGUCAAGCGCAGUACGCAGCUAUGGCUUGAAGUUUACUCUUCUUCAAAUCUUGCUUCCUACAGUGCCUCUGUAUUCCUAUGGUACCCUCUCCGCGUUAAUACUAUCACUUGAGGCCGAUCGUUUUACCUGGCGCAUGCCCUUCGUUGUUGGAGCGGAAGCCAUGGCCAUUACCGCAUAUUAUAUUUUAUUUGCCAAAGCUGCAGGUAUUACAGACAGCGUCGCUAUCUGCUACGUUAUAGUUCAGCUCUCUUGCGCUGAAAUCUCAAGGCGUGUUAUGAGCAUCACUACGAUGACCUGCAUAAUAAAUCUCGGCGGAAAAGGAGCCACUAAAGUAUCUGACGGGGUUUGGCACUUCGUCUGCAUGUAUUGUGGCGGGCAUGUUGAUGCCCUUAUGCUCAAGUUCUUGUUUUAUACGACUAAUCAGAGGAAUGCAAGGAAGAUGGAGGUUGGAGAAGAUGGGAGAUUGGAGCCCGGGUGUGCUGGAGGGCAUUUUCGCCUACUGCAGUUAAUUCACCAUGGCUACCAAACGAAGAAACCUAGAGUUAAUUUAAGCCGCACGUGGAUCUGGUCAGUCAUUAUAGAAUACGGAGUUCUAAAGAAGCGUUACGAGUACUUCAUUAAAACAUUUUGUAUCAUUUUUUGUAUAAACUACAUUCAAAAAUCAGUAUUAUCCCUCUAUGAGAUGGACAACGCCGAGACUAACAUCGCUGUCAAAUCUGGGGAUGAAUGCAAUGACUUAGGCAAUUUUAGCGGAUUUGAAAAUUCCCCCGGAGAAGCCUACAGCGACCCGCAUGCAUCCUGCCGCAUUGACUUCGAAGACUGUGAGAAUCUGCCGGCGACUACUCUCGUUGACCAUCCUCCCAUUGUUAAAAUGCUAACAGAGGUACUUGUGCGCACUAAUGAUGAGGACUAUCGUUUUUGUAACAGAGUCCUUACAGUCUUAUUGUGGCAUGCUAUUUCCGGAAGAGGGCUGAGAAUGGAUUCCCCUGGAGACAGUGAGGCGCCGCCAAACUGUUGUGGACUGGUAUCUGAUGUUUCUUGUUUAAGGCUGGAGUAUACACUCAUGACGACCACUAAACUCAAUGGGAGUGGAACGUCAUUUCUGAAAUUAGCGACUCUGGUAGCUGGAGUAGCGGUUGGACAGAAAUAUAUGCUUCGAAUGGAGGGUUCUCACGGUGCUCGAAUGGGAAUCCAAUCCCGGAGACUUCCGCACCCAUUCCAGUGGAGGGAGGGCGUCCGAGAGACAGGCACUAUGGCUUUUAUGGAAGAAUUCGACUGGUUAGAAUCAUAUCCGAUCACAGUAUCUGGAGUGGGACAAAAGCUCGGAACUUGGAACCGCUUUCCAGUGCUCUUUCUCUUGGAAUCCCUUGCUCGCACUCCCCGUUCUUAUUCUUACCUAGUGAAGAAGUACAUCUCACUCAUCUCGAGUACCGAAUUUUGGAUCGGGCAUGUCAGAAUUGGAUUUCCAGAGUGUGCCCAACUCCUGAAGCUUAGCUCAACUACGUGUCCCUUCAGAGCACGAAUAAAUAUCCACCAAGUCCCUCUCGUUCUCCGAAGUAACAUGCCCAUGAUGAAUAAGAAUCUGUAUGUAAGUCAUGGCACUACUGAGCUUGAACUUUCUUCGCAGAGUCUAUAUCACUUCCGCGACAGAUAUCAUUUUGAGCCUCGCCAAAUCGCCAUCAUUCGAUAUCGGGACCGGGUAGGGAUUCAUUUCCAUUUCGUAGAUGUAUUGUACUUCGUGCUAACACUUAGGUACGCUAUCAUUUUUCAACCUCACCGAAUAGGAGAUGAUGCUUUUCUCUGGGGCGAAGUCUGCUACUGGCUAUGCUGUCGUGCUUACUCGGAGAUUAUGGUGCUAACUGCGGAUGGGACCGAGUUGCAAAUCUCAUGGAAGAGCUCUGGCCAUCAAAUCCGUGAGAAGAGCUCUUCCAAGAAAGUCCGUGAUCAUGGGGCCGGGGUUUGGCAAUAUGGCCAGAAGGCGUUCUAUACAAACUAA